AUGGGUGAUCAAUCCGUUUUGGGGGAGGCGACGAGUGCGAAAAGUGAAGUUUUUCCAGAAGAGCUAGAGGGGAAUGACGAAAAUUUGCCUCCAAACGACGACAUGGUGUUUGAAGAGGUAGAAAAAUCCAGAAAAAUGAUGGAUAUGAGUUCUUGAUUGCUGAAUCUCGGUUUGAUUUUUGGAUAAAAGCAUUGAUGUUAAGGUAUUAGGUGGAUUUUGGCAACCAAUCAAAAUAUCGAGUAAACUGGCUUAGGAAAACACAUCGACUUGAUGAAAACACAAUUGUUGAAAUCAUUAUUCAUGUUCCAGACGAUGCCUCUAAUGCUGAUGCUACCGAUAACCCGCCGUUAUUUUCAAUUACAAUAUCGGUGAUUGAGAGAAAGGUUGAAAUCUCCCAGAAGUAUACUCUUGUAUGGAAAAAUACAGAGUUUCCUAAACUAAAAAGUCUAGUAGAUAGGCUUCAAGUUAAUAACGAACUAGAUGCUGAUACGAUUAGAGAUGACUAUGCUGAUAUUUUCCAAGAGUCAGAAGAUGCCGAAAGUUUAAAUUUAUCAUCGCUGGAUCUUUCGGAAAUCUUGUGGGACGUUUCACUUUUGUCCACCAACGAGAAUACAACAAAGAGUGAUCAACAAAAGGAUAAAUCUAUUAAGUUCAAAUCCAAAGUUAAAGGGUCAAAUGAAGUACGUGUAAAACUAUUAUCAAGCCCAGUUUGUAAAAAGAAGAAUAUAUCGAAGACAAAGGUGCCGACAACACCAUCAGCAAACGUCGCUAAACAACAAAUCAUUAACAUAAAAAUAUACAACAAUGUGCGCAACGUGUGUCAAAUUUCGAAAACGUUUUUGCACGUAUCGAUAAGGAGGCGGUGAACUUCGACGCCAAAUUAAGUGCUCUUAGCGAUACCCUUUUUCAAAGUUUGGCAAAUAGAGUCCAAAAUGAAAUGUCAAUUCUGAGGAAAGCUUUUGACGAAAAAGUUUUGCAAUUGGAAGUCAAAAAAUUGCAAGGACGCCUUGGAUCCCUGGUUGAAGAGAAGAAUCAAUUAGUUUGGAAAAGUCAAAUAAAUCAUUAUCAGACCAAGUCGAAGAACUACAAAAUAAUAUAAAAGAUGAUGCAGUGCAGAGAGAAUCGGGACGUGUCGUUCAGAACGAGCUAAGCGCCAAUGUAACGGACAGAAAUGAACCCGAAGUCCUAAUAACUAAAGAAGAAAGUGGUCCCAUACCAACUAAAAAAGCCGAUUCUUCAGAAAGCGGUGAUUCCAACGAGCAAAGUGUUGAGAACCAAGGAGAAAAAAAGAUGAUUGAUCAAGGAAGCACCUAAGAGUACGAUUUUGUCUUUCUAUGUGAUUCCAAUAGAAAAUUCAUCAACACAAAGCUGUUAUGUCCUAACAGAACGGUAAAAAUCACCCCUUGUGGUACUUCCAGUCAAGCAAUUAAAAUUAUGUCUUCACCACGUUUCCAGGUAAACGAAGCGCUUAUAAUAAAUACAUCAUUGUUUCGAGUGUUACUCCACGAGAUGACGAUUUCGAUGAAGACAUUCGGGCAAUAAACCGAGCAAUCCAAAGCGAAAUUUUAAAUUUCAAUGAUGUCAUUUACGCGAACAAUGAUAACCUAAGAGACAGAGCCCUGUAUUUUGACUGUAAGCACUUAAAUAGAAAUCGGGGUGUUCGUAAGUUUGCAGCGAACAUAAAAAAAGCAAUUAGAAUGGCAAGCGGCGUUGUGGACAACAAGCCACGCUACCCAUCCUAUCAUAGUGCUGAUCCGCAUCCGAUCCGACCUGACGAUCGUGCUCCAUACCCUCACCCUCGUUAUUCAUCCUACCACAGUGAUGAUCCGCAUCCGAUCCGACCCGUGGAUCGUGCUCCAUAUCCUCAACACCGUUAUGGAAGCUCCGUAAAUCCCCUACUAAGACCAGAAGAUAUGCGGAGAAAACAGGAUGGUAUUGCUACACAGCCUAUCGAAGUCAGCAAAGAACACGAAACAAAAAAGGAAAAUGGAAUCAAUGAUGUCUUUUCCCAGCUAAGUACAUUAAAUAAACUAGUUAAUGUUUUAGUGUCAAGUAACUUGCAGCGAUGUAGAAUGAUGUAUCCGCAGUCUACAGCUUCUCCAUCUUUUUUUCCACUAUAUAGUUCGGCUGUUAGUUAG